ACUUCCUGUGCUUGCGAACAAAAUAGAAUCGCCAAGAAAACCCUGCGAGUGAGUGUUUUAACAUCACACUCGAAAAUAACAUCAAAGUGGUAGUGGAAAGAGUGCCACAACUCGAACCGCACUUAUACCAACACCAAAUCAACAAAUUAACGUGUAGCAGCCAAAAAUUCAAGUCAAGAAAAACAAAGUUGCGACCACAACUACUAAGCUAAACUAUCGUCGUCAGGCCCAAAAGCAAAACGAAAACUUUGCCGCCGCAGGAAGAAGCAGCAGAGGGUACUUUAUUUUUUCUUGCCUUUAUUUUUGGAAGCGCGUGCGUGUGUGUUAGGUGUUUGUGCGCGUUUUGAGGAAAUAAGAACAACGAAACGCUAGCUAGAAAGGAUGGCAGACUCAGAAAAACAGCAGCAGCAGCUACCCAUUGAACAGCAACAACCGCUGGCCCAGGAAGAACUGCAGGAUGAUGGUCAGCAAGUGCAGGGCAAGCCAGCGCCGCCACCAAAGGAAAUCAUUGCCACUAAAGUCACCGGCACUGUUAAAUGGUUCAACGUAAAGAGCGGCUAUGGCUUCAUCAAUCGCAGCGACACCAAAGAGGACGUCUUCGUGCAUCAGAGCGCCAUUGCGCGCAACAAUCCCAAGAAGGCGGUGCGUUCGGUGGGCGAUGGCGAGCUUGUUGAGUUCGAUGUGGUCAUUGGCGAGAAGGGCAACGAGGCGGCCAAUGUCACUGGCCCAUCUGGUGAGCCGGUGCGCGGUAGUCAGUUUGCCGCCGACAAGCGUCGUAAUUUCCGCCCCUGGAUGAAGAAGAAUCGCCGCAAGCUGCCCGGCGAGGGUGACAACGAUGGCGAUGAACUGGCGCCCCAACAGCAGCAACAACAGCAGCAGCAACUGCCACUCGAUGGCCAGCAGCAGCAACAGCAGCUGCAAGGCGGACCACGUCAGCCGCGUCAGAACUAUCGCCGUGGUCCCGGCGGCGGCGGCCCCGGUGGUCCACCCGGUGGCCCACGCGGUGCUCCACGAGGCGGCCGUGGUCCAGGCGGACCACCUGGCGGUUCCGGACAGCGUCGCUUCAACAACUAUUAUCCACGUCAUUUAGCGCGUGGCGUGCUCGGUGGCGGUGAUGGCAGCGCUGAACCAGGUGUGCACGAUCAGAAUCCCGAUGGUGUGCAGCGUGGCGAUGGACAGCCACGUCGUGGUGGUGGCGGUGGUAUUGGUGGUCCCCAGCGACGAUUCUUCCGACGCAACGGACCACCUCCGCGUCGUGAUGGUGGCGAAUACAUUCAAGGCGGCCAAGGACCACCGCGUCAGCCGUUCCGUCCGCGUCGCCAGAAUCGUAAACCCAAUGGCGGUGGCAUGGACCAGCAGCCACAGCAGAACGGCGCUCAAGAGCUGCAAAAUACAACAACAGAAAGCACCGCAUAGAAUAACAUUAUGUAAAAAGAAAACAAACAUCAGCAACAACGACGACAGCAACAUCUGCAACAACAUCAUCAAGAACAUCAACCACAACAAGAUCAGCGGCAGAUGGUAAACAACAACAAGAGUUGCAGAUGAGGAAGGAAGAAUGUGAAAUUUGUAAAUGGGGCCGCCGUGUUGAUUUUGUUUUUUAUCUGGGACAAAAGCGACAGCAAAACCAAUGUGUAAAAUGCAAAGAUAAAGGUUGAAAGAAAUUCAGAGAGAAAAGUGAGAGAGAAAGAAUUGCAUAAAUUUCAAUUGUAUUAUAUUUAAGUGUCAGCAAACCAAAAUAAUCAACUUCAAUGCAGACGAAACUAAACUGAGAGAGCAAAGCAAAGAAUAUCUAUAUACACAAAAUAUAUUUAUUAUUAUGAUUAUUCACAUAUUUAUAGAAUGCAAUUGUUUGGAAAUUUAUUUAAUUGCAAUUUUACACGCAAGUUUUGUUGUACGUUUCUGUCAGUUUUCAAUUAAAACUUAAGAUGUUCACAUAACCUCACAUAAAAUAUGAUUUCAAUUACGAUACACACAUGCAUUCACACAUUCAGACAUAUACACACUCACACAUACACAUGUAUACACAC